GCGCUCCGCCCCGGGGGUGGUGGCGGCAAGGGCGCCGGGAAGCGCGCGGAGCCGGCGGCGGCCGGAGCGCUAGAUCCCUUGCCCAGCUGAUGGCGUUGUCGCAAAAACAGUUGUGAUGGCCCAGGGCCCGGAGCAAGCAGCCGGCUGGGAGACGGGCUGGUAAGAGCUGCUGAGGAUAGCAGUCCUCUGAGCACAUCUCAGGGCUGUCUUCAACUGAAAUCAUUCUUAUGAUUUGUACUUCACUCAUACCGACUAAGAGUGUUUCAAAUUAAAUAUUGCCAGGCUGUUAAUGUUUCCCUAAAGGCUGAUUCUGUUUGGAGGAUGAACUGACGUGACACAUUUUAGGGUGUUCAAAGGUAGUUAAGUUAAUGUGAAAAGAACAGUGUAGAUACCUAAUCAGUUUUAGUGUUGCUGAUGUAUCCUUGUGGUUUUCUUUGAGGGUGCGAAAGGGUUAUUAUAAUACAUCAGCAAUACCUGGGGUCUCCAUUGCAGUAUCGUGGGGAGUGAAUUAGAGUGGUGAUAGCAGGUAUGCGUAAAGGACUGGCAUUGUUCUGGGUGUAUGGCACUGACCAAAUCAAUAUUGUGUGCAGGCUGGGAAGUCAUAAAGUUUAAGUUGGAGACUGGUGGAACAGUACAGUGAGUUGCUCAGAGGCUGGAAAAAUUGCCCCAUGGUGAGAGGUGUGAGAUCUUAGAGAGCUCUAAGUAUUUUUUAUAGAAGAUUAUUGACAGACCCCUGAAUUAUACCAUGUAAGGGGAAAAGAAAACAAAAAAUGAAAAAGACCCUGAUGCUGAUACUUUGGAGAGAAAGGCUUACAAAAACUCAGUAGCUGCAAAUGGCUUCCAUCUCUGUGGUGGAUGAGUAAGAAAUGGAACAAAUGUCCCUUGGAAAGUGGCAGAUUUUUGUAGCUGGUGUUUUCAAAUCAAGACUAAGUCUCUUCCUGGAAGAGUCCACAAUGAUGGCCAGGUUUUGUGCUUGUCAACUAAAAUGGAAUGCAGUGAACUGGUGGUCUAUUACAAUCCCAGUUGGAAUUUGUACUACAAUGUUGUAUUAUUUUAAGGUCCUGAGUGAUAGGAAUGUAUUGGGUUUCACAGGAAUUUGUCAGCAGAGUUGGCCACAGACCCUCAGAGUCCCAGGUCAUUAUCUCUGUUGCUUUUAAUACAUUUAAGUAACAUUUUUUUUUUUUCCAAGUAUUACAUUAUCAGAACAUAUGAUCACAGAAGAAAGGCAUGCAGGUAGCAAGGGGCACUUGAGUUUGCAGUUAUCGUAAUAAACAACAGUGCAAGAGCAAAGGUGUUCCUGAUGUUACGAGCAUAGCAGAGUUGUUAAAAGGAAAUACUGAUUUGGUAAUGACAUUGAAUGUCAGAUUCCUUGUGAACCUGGAAGAAUCAAAGCCUAAAGAUAGCAGCAUGUUGGUGUGUUAGGGCUGAUUCCAAAAGGCCGCACUGCAGAGCAGCAAAACCUCGGUAGCUAACAGUGUGCUUCACACACAAUUACACGAUGGGAAAUACAUUUCUGGGGCUUAACUCAAUUUUGGUUUGCUAACUUUUGUGCUUUUGCUUUAAGGCUAGGACUGAGAGAUCUUUGCAAACCGGUUGAAAACUCUUUAUAAACUUUGGGGGCACUUAAGCGUGUGAAGGGAAAAACUUGGAAUUGGUCUAUUUGCAGCAGAUAUAUGAACUUAACACAUCUGAACUGAAGUCCUUUAAAAUUGGUACCUCAAUUCUCUGAAAAAUAGUUGUGGGCAGGCUAAAGGUUGUAAAUAGUGACGGUGUGGGUGUCACUAAAACUGGGAGAUGAGCUCAGGAGCUGGAGAGAUGCUCUGAAAGAUGCUUGGGGUCUCAGUGUUUAGCACGAAGCAACAGCUGCCUUAGCCUGGGUGCUUGGAUCAAGACUAGUAAAGGCUGCCAGCCUUUCUCUUCUUAGUACCUUUUUGCUUAAGUGUUUUGAGGGAUAAAUCUACUUAAGUGCUAUGCUUAGGGUGACAUUAUAGGAGAGUUUGCAGUCUGCAGGCUUCAUUUCAGCAGCCCAGUAACUUAUGUCCAUCAUGACUAAUCACAGUUAGGCCUGUUUUGGUGUUUUUUCCAGCAGAAAAUUUAAACUUGAACCCCAAACUUUGUCCCUAUGCUGGAAAUAAUACCUCACAUCACUUACUUUGCUAGAAUAGGUACACCUUGAUGCAGCAUGCUUGAAUAUUUUCUUUUAAAGUGCUCACAUUUGGGCAUUUGAAGCUGAUAAAAUGCAGUGCACAUUAGUAGGAUUCAUACUUUCUUACUGGGUAAACAAGCAUUUGAUCCCAGAGAUGUUGCUCAGAGUGUAAGUGAAGUGAUUCUGUCAGAACUGCAUGAACUGUACAGUUUGGAGCUUCUCACUGAACAUGCUGAACUUUGAGUCUCCAGAACAGCUUGCAAAAACAGGUUUGGCCAGAGCUUGUCAGCUUGUGAACUCCUGGUGUCACAGCAGGGGACAUUUAGGAUUAGAUGUUUGAGCUUGGCUGACAUCUUAUGGUGUUGACUUCAGAAGGCAUUCCAGUAUUUCCAGAGUAGAGGAAGUAAUUCUCAAGUGCAGCAGCAUUUAGUAUUACCUAGGAUGUAUCCCUUACAUAGUAGGUUGUCAGUGUUUGUACCGAUGGCAAACUGGACUGGUAAGUCUGCUUCUGUUUCUUCUGUGACAGGUGACUUCUGAUACAACCAGACACUUAAGGGAAGGAUUCAUAAAGAGAAGCCUGGAAAGACUAAAGCUGCAAGAACAGGAGUUGAAAAAAAGGAAAGAGAAAAAAAAAAAGGGGGAGGGAAAAAGAGAAGAGGGUUGAAAGGUGAGGCUGUACUUUAGAGAAUGUCCAUCAGCUGUCUCUUCAGAUUUGUUACACUAUUGCAUACCAAGUGGCAUCCAAGAAGGGAGUUGUCAACUGUAAAAACCCAGGCUUUGAGGAAACAGGAAUCCAAGAACUCGAACCAAUGCCUUAUAGUUUUUAAUUUGUGUUACUGUGGGAAAGAGAAGCAACCUAUCUCAGUGUGUAGGGCAUCAGAUGGAGUCUGUUACGAUUGGACUAGAGACAUUCUGAGGUCCUUUCAGACUUGACCAUUCUAUGCUUCUGUGGACCUGCGGUGAAAUCUGAGAGCUGUUGCCCUCAGAUUGCACCAAAGCUUAAGAUUCUGCAUGAGGUUGUUUUCUUGUAUUGUUUAUAUAUUUACUUCUAUUAUUCUAUGCUGCAGCAUCACAAAUCAAUGUCUUUGUGGUUUGAAGUAGAGUUAAUGUGACAGACACUUCUAGGUGCCUCCCACUUGACUGUAAGGUUCAAAGCUAGGAAUGAGCCUUGUUUUUCUGCCUUUCCUUCCACCCUUUUUUACUUGUUGGUUUUUUUUUCAUUGUUAUCUUUAGGGCAGUGGUUUUGAAUUUUGUAUAUGAGUAACAGUAGUAUAUAAAAGCUUAGAUGCUAUGGCUAGUCUGCUUGUAUUACAUCCUACAUUGUCACUGGUAAUUAACCAUGUUACACACCUCCAUGUCUAAAGAAAAGCAAAGAAAAGAAAACCAACAAAAACAAAAGGACACCCUGAAUGUUAGAAUGCUGUGGCAGUUCUGUGGCACAAAUAGAACUUGGUCAGGUUGGAUGGGGCUCUGAGCACCUGGUGAAGCUGUAGGUGUCCCCGUUCACUGCAGAGGGGUUGGACCAGAUGCCUUUGAAGGUCCCUUCUAACUGACAUGAUUCUGUGAUUCUAACAUAGUGUAUAAAAUGUUGGAUCUCUGAAAAUGUUGCUACGCUUCUAUUUUUAAUUGAAUAUCUUCUUACUCAAAUGCUUUAAAGAUAGGAAUUUUAAAUACUUGUGUGAGCACUUUGUUCCUUGAGUUUUCUGGAGUUUUCUUAUCAUAUCGUGUUGGUUGUUUAGUAGAUCUGCUUUCUACAGGACAAGGUUUCAAAAAAGCAGUGGCAGCUUCAUCUUGAGUUUUGAUUGAUCAUUGAAUCAUUGCAUUUUUGUAACAAUGGAAGUGGUCUUGUAACUCUUAAUGUCACCCUCAUGCUAAUCUGUAGGGGAGCUUUGUUAAGGUAAGAAUUAGAUCCAUAUGCUCUGUCUCUGAUUGUGUCCUUGGAGACAAAAGAUAAUGUGAGUCUGUCUUCAUGGCAGUGUGCAUAAAGAAAACCCUAGAAUACAAACGAUCAGAAGAUGUAAAUGCAGAACCACUGUGUUCUAAAUGUGUGCAUCGGUUGGACGCAUGUCAUCAACAUGUGUUGUUUCUUUAAACAUGUUAUUAUUGUAACAACCAUCAUUUCUUAUUAGUCAAAUGUGGGUUCUUGGUGACAGGUUGCUUAUUAUUAGCAGUUCAAAGUCUGACAUCCAAUUUCCCAGGACUCCAAGUGUAAAACAAGCGUCAUCUAAAUUGUCCCAUAUUGAUAAUUACCUAGAAAAAAACGUGAUGAUGAACAAAAAGUUCAAGAGAGAAAAAAGAAAGCUAAGCUCAAGAAGAGAGGAGAGGCAGAUAGAUGGAGAUGAAAAGCAUCCCCAAAAGCAGCACAAAGUACCAGCUGAAGAACAGCAGUGGCCAGAGAAUGUGCCUGAAUGGGAAGAAAGGAAAUCCCUGCUAGCUCAGAGAAGAGCGGAGUCUGUCAGACUGCUUACAGUGCUGUUAAACCAUGUGAAAGAUGUUGUGCAGUUGGCAAGUCAGAAAGUGGAUCCUUCACCAGGCGUAAGGAAGAAUGAUUCCUUUUCUGAAGCAGCAUUAAAAGCCAUACAUCAGAAACAGAUUAACUCCUGUUAUCUUAUGCACAAAGAUUUGGAACACAAGGAAGAGCUUAAGUGUCAGUUAACCCAAAAAAGUAGCAGCUUAUGUUGUGAGGAAGGAGAUUUGACUGCCUUCUGUGCAUCUACUUCUCAUAUAGUCAAGACAAUUUUAAAUGACCCCGCUGCAGCUCUGAGUUCUGGCAGAUGGACUGGCAGAGAUGCAUACAGCUCCUUUGGCUGUGGAUCUUUACUGAUCACAGUGACUCAAGACUGCAAGGUCAUUGAAUCUCUAGAUGGAAGGGACUGCCAAACACUGAACGUGGUUCACCCACAGACGGGGUCUGAAGAUGGUUACAGAAAGCAAAAGGUUUACGAGACCGAUGAAUUCAUUCAUUAUUUACUAAACUACUAUCAGACACCAAGCUAUGAACGUGUUUCCCUAGGGACAAAAAACUCUGCAAACAAGUCCUGGUGGAAGAGGGUGGUGUGUGAUGAUGACAGUGGUUUUCACAUCAGCUUGUGUAACAGGCAGGGUCGGCACUUCAGAGAAGUGAGUCUUGUACAAAAUCUCAACAGCAGAAAUUGCGUUGGUGAUGAUAACUGUAGACUAGUGAUCACUGCUGGGGAAUUGGAAUCAACAGGCGCAGUGUUGAAAAAUAAGACCUGUGCAGAUAGGCUUGCAAGGAAGCUGCAAAUACAGAGGAAUGACACACUCACUGUUGAUUACUUAUCACAUGCUGAACCAAAUCAUUCUUUGGAUUGCACUGCUGCCGCUCGUGAUGAGGAAUUUGAACAAGAAGAUGGUAGAAAUGAAGUUACCAAACAGUACAAAUCUUGUAGAUCUUACCAGUUACAGGACUUGUUGGAAGAGAUCAGUGAUUCUGAGUACUUCAGUGAGGCAUGCAGUGGUGCAAUGAAGAGUGCAGAAAGGAGUGAACAAAUUGACAGCAAUUGUAACAGAGGGUGCUUGCCUGCAAGAGAGAAAGAGAGAAAAUUACUGGUUUAUUUCAAGAAUGUUACUCUGGAAGGUCAAACAAAGGAAAGCAGCAAAUGCAACUUCUGUUCUAGUUCUGCCCAUGAGGGCUUGGCUAGGCAGUGUGAUCAUAACCUUGAAAAGUCAUGCAAGAGGUCUAGCAGUGAAUUAAGACAUAAAGGACAGAAAAGUGAGAGACAUUUCAGGGAAGAGGAGAGAAACACUUACAAAAUGAAGAAAAAGAGGAAAAAGCUUUCUUCUGAUGUUUUACCUGAUGAAUGUGGCUUUUCAGAGACCGAGAGUUGCAUACAGCUGGAGUCACUCAGAAAGAUAGAAAGAAGAUAUAAUAAAGCAUUCCACAACAAAGUGAAAUUCAAGACACUUCACGCAGGCACAGCAGCACCAGGCAUUACUGCUUCUGACUGCUUUCCACUUCAGGAGACACUCCGGCGCACAGGAGAUGAGAGGAAAUUAAUAUUGAGAAGAGAGAUGGAUGCAGAUGAAAGAGGAUGCCCUCUCUUUCCUCUUGAGAUAAUUCAGACAAACCCCUGCUCAGAUACUUUCUGUGGAGCAGAGCCCAGAAGAGGAUGCUGAACAGCUACUAUAUAAUAGCUCUUAAGCUCCUUUUAGAAGUGGAAGAAGAAAGCCCUUUAGCCGUUAAAAGGUAUUGGAAGUACUUGGGCUUUUUUUCCUUAGGUAAUUCCUUCAGUUAGAAUGGUCUAACUGAUGUAGCAAGCCACAGAAACAGAAUCUCUAUUUACCUUUUGGAUGCAAGGACCAAAAUUUUCUCCAGGGCCAGACAAGCUUUUGUGGACCAGUUGCUCAGAAUUUGAAGAUUUAUGGAUUCAGAUCUCAGAGAUAAACUCUGAUUGAUAUUUACACAAUUCCCUACGUUUACAGAUACAGUAUUUAGUAAUAUCAAGUCCCUAGAAAAACAAAAACAACAACAACAACCACAUAAAUAUAUAAAUCAUAGAGCAAGGAUAUGAAGUGCCUUCUCGAUCAGAUUGUUAAAAUGAUGGAAUUGGAAGCUGUGGGGGACAUUUAUAUGUAAUGGUGGAGAAUAAUAGAUUUCUAAAUAAGAAAAAAAUAUAUACUGUAAUGUUCACAGUGGAAAAAUACUUGUUUAUUAUUCACAGUUCUGAAAGUGUUUCUGAAAACCUGCUGGUCUUUGGAAGGAAGGAUUUCACAAUAACUGCUAGAUGUAGCGCUUCUGAGAAACUGAUUUUCUAAGCACAGCUCUGAAUGUUGGACAGUGAAAGAGCAACGUCUGUCAGCAUGUUGACAGCUCAUACUUAGCAGGUUGAAAAUACCAUAGAAUCAUAAAGUCGAAGCGUGGCUUGGGUUGGAAGAGGCCUUAAAGCCCCCCCCAGCCCCAGCCAUGUGGUGGGCUGCCUGCCCACCCAGCUCAGCCUGCCUAGGGCCACCCAGCCCAGCCUUGGGCACCUCCAGGGUUGGGUGCACACAGCUCUGGGCAGCGCCAGGGCCUCACCGCCUACUGCAUAAAGAAUUUCAGCCUAACAUCUAAUCUAAGUCCCCCUUGUUUUAGUUUAAAAACAUUCUCCCUUGCCUCCUUACACAGUCGCUAUCAGACCAUGUAAAAAGCUGGUCCCACUCCUGCUUAUAAACUCCCCUCAAGUUCUGGGAGGCCGCAGUGCAAUCUCCCUGGAGAUCUCUCCAGGCUGAACAAGCCCAGCUCCCUCAGCCCUUCUUACAGGAGAGGUGCUGCAGCCCUGUGAGCAUCUUCACAGCCUCCUCUGGACCCACUCCAACAGCCCCACAUCCUGCUUGUGCUGGGGGCACCAGGCCUGCUCACAGUACUGCAGAUGGGGCCUCAUGAGGGCAGAGCAGAUGCAGACAGUCCCCCCCCUGCUGCCUGCCCUCUGCUGAUGCAGCCCAGGUCACUGCUGGCCUUCUAGGCUGCGAGCACACACUGCUGGCUCAUGCCUAGUUUUUCAGCCUCCAGGACCCCAAGGUCCUUCUCUGCAGGGCUGUUCUCAAGGAGUUUUUCUCCCACUCUGUGCACAUAUCUGGGAUUGCCCCACUGCAAGUUCAACACCUUGCACUUGGCCUUGUUGAACAUGGUUAGGUUUCCAUGGAUCCACUUUUCAAGCCUGUCCAGGUCUGUCUGGAUGGCAUCCCUUCCCUCCAGUAUGUCACCCUGCUCUGCUCAGCUUGGUGUCAUCACCAAACUUGCUGAGGGUGCAUUGAUCUGUCUGUGCCACUGAUAGAAAUGUUGAAGAGCACGGGUUCCAAGAUGGACUGCUGUGGAGCACCACUUGUCACUGGCCCGCGCCUGGACCUGGGAGCCAUUAACCACAACCCUCUGGCUGUGGCCAUCCAACAAAUUCCUUAUUCUUAGUAAUCCACCCUUCAAAUCCAUUUCCCUCCAACUUAGAGGCAAGAAUGCGAUAAGUUCACGAGAUUUCAAGAAGCUGUCCUUUGGAAGGCACAUGCAGUGAGAUAGCUAUUUAGUACAAUUAAGCUUACUUAAAAUUUCUAGAAGAAUUGUCAAAUGCUGUUCAAUUCCUGCUGCAUGGAAGUAAAAAUGUGAAAACUCAGUCUGGGAGCUUGAGUUAUAUCCGCAUUUACUCAGAUGACUGUAUUUAGCAGACAGUCACAGUUGCUCUGGGCCAAAGUCCCACAGAGAGACAGAGAGGACCAGUUCUACUCACAACACACUAAUUAUUUCAACUUUCAUUUUAGUAUGCUUAAUUUAUUACGUGUCAGUAUGUAAAUGUGAUGAUGUUGCCUUCCUUAUAUAACAUAUUACCCACAUUUGUAACUUCUGCUCUAAUAAAUCAUCAUUUUGUAAAAAAUUGUAGUUGUUUGUGGUAGAUUGGUUUUCUCCCAUUGCUCAGUAUUGGUGAUUCAUGCAGGCAUCUGAGCCACACUGCCAGGUUCUGCCUGUUGCCUCUGUUCACACGUUCAGAUGCUGAGUGCCUUCUGAGGAUCACAAAUGACUGCUCAGAGUUGUGUUACCCAAUUGCUUUUACCUAAAAAGCAACCACCCCCUCCCCCAAACACCUUAUUUUCUUGACAAAAGUAUUUUCUAUUGUGGAAAACAUUCAUGCCUCUUUUAAGUUUCCUUUUUACUGUUUUAUGCAGUUACAAUGAAGACCAGCUCAUAUAUUUGUGAAAUGUUUCAGUUGCACCAACAGGACCAAGGCUGUGUUUUCUUCUCUAUGCACUAGUUGCAUAUAAAGGAAAAGAUGACAGAAUUUCCCCUUGUCAGUCAGUUCUGCACUGUAAGUGCCCUUUUCCCAUACGUCAGACCCUUCAAUUAGGGAUGAGAAGGUAUUUGGGUUUGUUAAUCUAUGGGAGGAACUAUGGAUUUCCUUCAGUGUAAAUGCCUAGGAUGUUAUCAAUGUGUUUUCCCACUAGUCAGUAUAAACAAAUAAAUGCACCAGUUCUGUAGUUGCUUCUGGUGUUCACCUGUAUUGAUUGGAAUUGAUAAAGCAGAUCUUUGUCUCCAAGUCCUCAUUCAGUGUAAAACACUGUUAGUGAAUAAAACAUGCUUACUUAAAACAGACACCAUUGUAUCAUCUGUAGCAAAAUGUAAUUUGUGUUUCUUUUUUCUUUGUCAGUUGGGAUUACUUAGAACCUGUUCCUAGGACAUUUAGUACCAAUCCCUCACUUUUCCUUCCUGUGCACUUAACUCAGGCCCCAUCUUCCCACACACUGAACUGUUCUGUAGAAUUGUGUUGGUUAUCUUGAAGGCUAAUCUUUAAGCAUACAUAAAACUCCUUCAAAUUCUAGCUUAGUAAAUUAAAUUUCAGUUGCUUUCAGGAAUAAAUGUUUUACCUAGCAGGAAAGUUAAGGGAUGUGUAUAUAAUUUGAGCAUUUAAUAGGCAAAAAGCAUUCAAAUAGUUGAGCAUGUAACAUUCCUAGUAUAAUUUCGUAUCUUGGAGCUUGGUUUAUGCUGUUACAGUGAGGUGGUGUUUCAAGAGGUGAUGGGGUUUAACUUGUGCGGGUUAUUGCUUUUCUGGUAUGUAUAUAUUUUGUGGAAGAGCUGCUUACUGUUCUUAUGACACCUGUAAGCCCUGUGAAAUAGGGCCCUGUGACUGCAGGCCUUGCCAUCAGCUCUAACUUCACGUACAGAACUAAGGUGCCCCCAGCAGAGCUAGCGCCAUCAGCCAUGGGGAGCUGCCUGGUCUGGAGCUUUGUUAUCUGAGCUGUGUGGGCAGUUGUACUUCAUGCUGAAUUCCAAAGUCAAAAUCCCAGUCGCGGUCCUACAGACGGUUUCUGAAGCAGAAAUACAUUACUCCUAUUAUUGUACCAGUCCACCUGCUGGAUGUGUAAUAAGAAUACAUUUAUAGUAUAUGGCCUUUUCCAUAUGCUGGGCAUAGAACACUGUGUAGGAAUGCCUCCCCAUUUAUUUCACCUUCUGUAAAACCAUGUAACUCCCAGCAAAAGCAUUCGUUACUAACCUGUGUGUACAUACAACUUGAAGUAAGAGCUAGCAGAGGGCAUUCAGAGUAAGCAGCAUCCAGGUGAAGGAAAUUCUGAAUUUUACAAUGCAGGUGACAGUUUGCCACCACUGGUUGGAUAUGAGAUGCUGCUCGAUUGCUCUGAUUUGUGCCAGGGCUCAAGUAUGCUGUCAUGACAUCUGAAUAACUGGUAUUUCAACACUUCACAAGGCAGAUUCAUGACAGUCUCUGCACUUAGCUUUUCAUUGUGCUCUCCUUGGUUAAUAUACAAACUGUUCAGCUACUGGCACGGUUCUUUUUGCUUAGUCACUGCAGCCAGUCAUUGCUGAAGGGAUCAAGUUGCAACAAACAGUAGAAAACAUGAGCAGAUACCCAUUUUCUCCAGCACUUCAGCAGAAAAGAUGUGCCUGCCUGUUUGUGGAAUCUCUGCUCUUAUGACACAUGCCUUCCCUUUCACAAUGAGUAUUCUGGUUUUCUCUGAAAAGGUCUUACCCUGAAGGGUGCAACUUCACGCACCUGUGUUUAACAUUAAGCUUUGUCCUGUGUUACUGCCAGUUUUGUUUGUUCUUUAGGAUGCAUCAAAUUGUACUGUACAGAUAUGCUCUCAAAAUGGUGUUCAGUUCCUCGGGGUAUGUUGUUGACUAACAUAAGAGCUGGUGUUGGACCCUCUGAAGGGUAGGCUGUAGCCCUGCCUCACUCCACUACAGGUGGUCUUCCAGAGCAGCUUUUGCCCAGUGUCAGCAGUUACUCAGGCUUUUUUCAUGCUUAACUCUGUUUUUGCAACAGUAAAAUAUAUGUGAAUGUGUUCUGUUAGAAAAAUAAUAUGCCAUAGAGCUGCAUUUAGAGGCAUUCAGCUUGAACAGUCCAGUCAUGG